CCCGAAUGCGGAGCUUCUGCUGGAUGGGCUCAACCUGAUGCGGGCGCCCUGGGGGCUCCUUUCCAGCUCCAGGCCUGAGCCCUGCGUGCCACACUGUCUCCCGAGGGGUGGAGGUGGGCUGUAGGGGCUGAAGACUCCUGGGGGCAGAGAUCUGGCUGGCCACUUUGGUUCAGGGAGUGAAGAAAUUCAUUCCUAAACCUGGUAUUGCUGAAGCUGCCAAGCAAGCACUGCCGACUUUUCUUUGGCCUUAAAGCACCAAUUUCCAAGCCGGUCCCCAAAUAUGAGGCCUAAUCAUUUCAUCGCUCCGUCAUCCCUACCAGUCACCGAGGGCAAACUGUUCCAGGCCACAUGUGAGACAUUUCAUCCUCUCUCAUCGUCAGCGCACCUUCACUGCUGCAAGGGUGCAAUCCUUACUUAGCCGGUUUCCCUAAGGGGCUGAGGCUGAGAGCUGCCCCAGGACUGGAGGCCAGGUUAACUUCCUCGCUGAGGUCCAGCAGGCCUCUUGAGGGGGUGCUGACUGCCACAGCCAGGCACGCGCUGCAGGGUGGUGUCCUGGAGCAGCGCCUCUCCACCUGGGGCCUGCGGGCCUUCCUGUGCUCUCCUGGCUCUCACGCCAUGGGCCUCACCAGCCCUGGUUCAGAAGAGGCUCAGUCCUGUGUCCACGGUGUGCUGGUUCAGUGUCUACCAGCUGGGCCUGGCGAGGGAAGCUUUAAGAGGCCAGAGUCAGUGGCUAUUUCUAUCCCAGGAAAUCCCCAGGUCAUCUAUGAGCGGUGCCCCCAUUGUGGCUGACUGCAAGCUACCACCAGUUCAACAACUGGCUCAUGAAACUUUAACAAUCUGGUCGUGACCCGAGCUGCUCCAGUGCACUGCUGCCUGUGGGAGCCCCCUGAGAAGGGGUCCACAUGGUAAGCCAGUCGUACCAAGUAAUAGCAGGGUUGUGAUGAAGGAAGCAGAGGCAGAGGUGGGGGCGGCACUGGAGCUCAGCGGGCUGCCCCCCAACGUGCCCGACGAGCUGCUCACACUGUACUUCGAGAACCGCCGACGCUCUGGUGGGGGGCCUGUGUCGAGCUGGCAGAGAUUUGGCCGCGGGGGUGUACUCACUUUUCGGGAGCCUGCAGACGCAGAGCGGGUCUUGGCCCAGGGGGAGCAUGAGCUACAAGGCGCUAGGCUCAGCCUGAGGCCGGCCCCGCCCCGCGCCCCUGCACGCCUACUGCUCCAAGGACUGCCCCCUGGCACCACCCCCCAGCACCUGGAGCAGCAUGUCCAGGCCCUGCUGCGUGCCACCGGACACCCCGAGCAGCCCUGCCGAGCUCUGGCCAGUCCUCGACCAGACAGGGUCCUGGUGCAGCUGCCAAAGCCCCUCUCUGAGACAGAAGUCUGCGUGCUGGAGGAGCGGGCCCGGACCCUGUGCCUGGAAGGGAAUGAGGUGUCUGUGGUGCGGGUGCCACAGGCCCGAGCUGUGCGAGUGCUGGGGGGCCACUCCCCCGUGGACCUGCUGCUGCUGGAGCUGUACCUGGAGAAUGAGCCCCGCAGCGGGGGCGGCCCCCUGGACGGCCUGCGCAGCCUGCCUGGGGCCCUGGGCACCGUCGUCUCCUUCCAGCAAUGGCAGGCUGCCGAGAGGGUGCUGCAGCAGGAGCACUGGCUGCAGGGCUCAGAGCUGAGCCUUGUCCCCCACUACGAUGUCCUGGAGCCUGAGGGGCUGGAUGACGACACCAGUGGAAGGGGCCACUCAGCCGAGUCGGGGCCUGGGGCCACUGAGCAUGCUGUGCUGGAAGCUGGAGGGUCAGUGAGGGCACUGAGGGGUGCAGGGACUGCGACCUUGGGCUCUGAGGAUGCACCAGGACGAUCAAGAACCUCUCUAAGGACAGGUCCCAUAAGGUCUCUGGAACAGGCCGGGCUAGUCAGCUCGGGGCCCAUGGGGUCACUGGGACAGGAGGGGCUGGAAAGCCUGGGGCUCAUGGGGUCACCGGAGCAGGCAGGGCUGGUAAGCUCAAGGCCUAUAGGAUCUCCAGGCCCAGUGGGCUCGAUGGAGAUCACCACAGGGUCUCCAGAGCAGGAGGGGUUGGAGAGCCUGGGGCCUGUGGGGGCACCGGGGCAGGAGGGGCUGGUGGAGAUGGUGCUCCCAAUGGAGCCGGGAGCCAUGCGCUUCAUACAGCUCUAUCACGAGGACCUUCUUGCUGGCUUGGAAGACGUUGCCCUCUUCCCACUCGAAGAAUCAGAUGUUGCUGGCUUUCGGCUCUAUGGAGCCCUGGCCCCAUGCCAGGCGGCCGAGGACUUUCUGCAAAGUCUGCUAGGCAGCAUGAGCUGUCACAUGCUGAGCCUGAAGCACCCGGGCAGCGCCAGGUUCCUGCUGGGUCCACAGGGGCAGCACCUUCUUCGGGAGCUGGAGGCUCAGUUCCGGUGUGUCUUUGGGACAGAGCAUCUGGCCAGGGACACCCAGGACAUGGACCCUGGAGAGGUGGACCCCACUGAGGCCCUCCAGGCCCUCUCUGGCCAGUCCUACACUCUGUCGCCCCCAGGCAGUGACCAGGAGAAUCUGAACCUGGAGGAGGUCCGAGAGCUGCUGGCCACCCUGGAGGGCCUGGACGGAGAGGACUGGCCACCCCUGGAGCUGGAUGAAGGGGAACCUGAGGCAGAGCCUGUCCCCAGGGCUGGGGAGGAGCCCUUGGCCCCCAGCACGGGGGCACCUGGGCGGCUGGAGGAGGAGGCCGCGAUGCAGCUGGCUCUCCACCAGUCACUGCAGCCACAGGGCCAGCUAGCUGAGCAGAAGGAGGCCGCCGCGCUGCAGCAGGCCCUGGCCCUGUCGCUGCUGGAGCCAAGCCCGUGGGAGGCGGGAGAGCUCCUGGGUAGGGCUGCUGGCCAGGCCCAGCUGGUGGUGCAUGUGGCCUUUGAGCAGGAUCUGGACGAACUGGACCGGGCUGUAGCGGCCGCCUUGGAGCUUCACCUCCGGGAGGAGACGGUGGGGCUCCGGGGCCACAUGCUGCCGGCGGAGCUGCUUGCCCGCCUGGAGCAGUGCCACAGCGUGAGCGUGGCCCUUGACGGUGACUGCGUCGUGCUCCGUGGCUUUGGGGCCCAGCCCAGCCGUGCUGCCCGCCACUUAGCGGCACUGCUGGCUGGCCCCCGGGAUCAGAGUCUGGCCUUUGUCUCUGAGGCUUCGAGCCCCACCGGGCCCCUGCAGAGGCCGAAGGGGCCCUUGGGCAGACUGGAGAGUCUGGCCGAGAGCAGCAGGGAGUUCCAGGAGGUGGUGCAGGCCUUCUACGACUCACUGGACACUGGCCACGGCAAGGUCCGCAUCGUCCGGGUGGAGCGCGUUGUGCACCUGCUGCUGCAGCAGCAGUAUGAGCUGCACCGGGAGCGCCUGGAGCAGCGCUGUGAGCAGCGCCCGGCCGAGCACGUGCUGUACCACGGCACCACGGCAACCGCUGUCGCUGACAUCUGCGCCUAUGGCUUUAACCGCAGCUUCUGCGGCCGCAACGGCACACUCUACGGGCAGGGCGUGUACUUCGCCAAGCGCGCCUCCCUAUCGGUGCAAGACCGCUACUCGCCCCCCAACGCCGAUGGCCACAAGGCGGUGUUCGUGGCGCGGGUGCUGACGGGCGACUACGGGCAAGGCCGCCGGGGGUUGCGGGCGCCCCCUCUGCGGGCCCCUGGCCACGCGCUCCUACGUUAUGACAGCGCCGUGGACUGCCUUCACCAGCCCAGCAUCUUCGUCAUUUUCCACGACACCCAGGCGCUGCCCACCCACCUCAUCACGUGCGAGCACAUGCCCCAAGCUCCCCCAGGGAACCCCAUUGGGCUCUUGGGCAACUUCCUGGCCAGCUAACUCUAGAGGCCCCGCACGACUCUUCAUUUGACUUCAGGCUCCCGCUCCGUACGGCCUUACCGCACCCUUGGCUGCCUGAGCUGCCCUGGGGGUGUCCCUGCUACCGGCUGCAGUGCGGAGACCGGUGGCGCGACAACGAGGGCUGGGGCCCGGUACCCGCCUGGGCCUGCCCAGCCACCACACCGGGGUUCACAGAGCCCGGGCGGAGGGCCCAGGGCCCGACACCGCCCGCCUCGGCCAGACCUCGCCCAAGCGGAUUCUGUCAUUUGAAUAAACGUGAAACCAGGCGGAGGAA